GUUUCAAAGCACGGGCUCACAAGAAACUCGUGGUGAGGGGCCUCCGUAUAUCGACGCUUCCUGUUCACAGGUCUGGAGCCAUCUCAAAUAACGAACGUCUGAUCAUGGUGCCAUAGUUUUGGCAGCCAAACUCGAUGUUAUCAAAGGAGCACUCUUCGUGCUGUAUUAUAUAUAUUAUGCCUCCAUCUCAUCAGAGAUGGAUGGGGCAUCAUGUACUUACUCGGCGGCUCUCUUCGCGUUUACGAAACCAUCCACGCUGACAUUUGGUGGUUCAAAACGUCCGCAACCAAGUUGCAAAAACACAUCAAGAUUCAAGUUUUACCCAUCAUUCCCCGAAUCCCUCUCUGGCAAAUCCUCUCACUUCCCGACCACACCAUGCCUGGUAUGAUUUCGCUCGAUGAAGCUAUUAUGGUGUACGUGAAUCGUCUUGUACUGUGUCUGCAAUCCCCCCACUUCCCAAUCUUAAUUCUUUACUCCUAGGAGCAAGACAUUGGUAAGUAAUUCAGCUGUACCACCCUCGAUGCCAUCGACAAACUUCGAAGUAACGAACACAUCUACCAAGAUCCUCACAUCGCUCUUUCACUGGGGCCUCUUUGGCAUCCUCACCAUCCAAAUUUUCCUAUAUCACAAAUCAUCUUCCCAAGACAAACUCGCAAUCAGAGUGAUCUUCUACUUUAUCUAUAUCAUGGAAGCAACGCAGACAGCGUGGGUAGCCAGGAAAGUGUACUUGUUUUGCGGCAGUGGGUUUGGGGACCCUGCUGUUCUUCUCCUUGCCGGUAGCGCAGACUCGGGGGAUGAGGCUUUUGUGAUCAAAACUGGAAUUGUGGGCCUACUAUGUCAAUGCUUUUCGGCUUGGAGAAUUUGGAUCUUGUCUAGAUCAAAGGUCAUGGCAAUUGCAGUGGUCGCACUAUCUCUGCUAAGUACUGCAGCGACCUUUGCGGGAGGCGCACGUAUGAUAGAACUAAGUGAAAGAGAUUUCCCUAGGGACAUCAUUACGACGGUAUGGGCUAUAAGUUCGGCUCUCUGCGAUACCACCAUUGCGGUUUUUAUGGGAUUGAUCCUUAAACGAUCGAAAGUAAUGGUACAACCGGGUACUAGGAGACUCAUAACCAAGAUCCUGUGGUUAACUGUCACGACGGGGACUUUGACCGCGUUCAUGGCAUUAUCCGCACUAGUUCUACUCCUAGCUUCUCCAAACGCUGGUUUAUACUUCCCUGUCAUCGUACUGAUAGGGAAAGUAGAAGCUAACAGCUACCUCGCCGUUCUCAAUUCCAGAAUUCAUCUUCAAGGGCUUGGGAGGAGCAGAGAUACUACGCCCGGAUACUCCGACUUUGACCUAGGAUCCGCUAGAUUUGAGGCGGAGUUGGGUAGCAGUAACUCGGUAUCUGCUAGCGAGUCUCGGCGCUCAGUACUACAAGUUCACGUUCAACAGCAGCGAGUGGAACAUAUACAUCAGCUUCCGCUCCCGGUUUUACCAGCGUUCUUGAGGGAGGGAAGCGCGUUUACGAAGGGGGAUGAUACGAAAAAUGAUAAUAGGAAUACUCCAGCACUCAUGGCCUGAUCAAAAACCUCUGGGGCGCCGGAGCCACAAACACCCGUCAGGUUCCACAUUCAAAUUACAAACGCUGGGUGUUGGUGAAUUAAAAACAGCCCGAGGCAUUCUUCGUU